CGUGCGUGAGGUGAGGAGGCUGUUAAGAAAGAACCACCAUCCCUUUUCUGGACCCGGACCACUGCCUAGGCCCUUGGGGGCUACCACCACCAUGGGGCUCCGGAGGAAGAACAAGAGCCCGCCCGUGCUAAGCCAUGAAUUCGUGAUCCAGAACCAUGCGGACGCCGUGUCCUGCCUGGCUAUGGGCCUCCUGCUGGGGCUUAUGUUCGAGGUCACAGCCAAGUAUGUCAUCAUCUUUAUUACUGUGCAGUACAACGUUACCUACACCACUGAUGACAAGAGUGAACCCAUUCAUUUCUAUGAAUAUGGUCCAAAAGACAUUGCCACCAUCUUCUUCUACAUGCUUCUAGCCAUUAUUCUGCAUGCUGUGAUUCAAGAAUACAUACUAGAUAAAAUUAAUAGACGUCUCCAUUUGUCAAAAACGAAGCACAGCAAAUUCAAUGAAUCGGGGCAGUUAGCAUUUUUCUAUUUGUUUUCAUUUGCCUGGGGAGCAAGUAUUUUGACUGCAGAAGAAUUCAUGACAAACCCUACCUUGUUAUGGAAAGACUAUCCCCAUUCUCACAUGUUUUUUCAGGUAAAAUUCUUCUAUGUCUGCCAGAUUGCCUAUUGGCUUCAUGCACUCCCAGAAUUGUACUUUCAAAAGAUUCGAAAGGAAGAUAUACCAAGACAGCUAUACUAUAUCUGCCUUUACAUUGCUCACAUAUCUGGUGCCUAUGUACUGAACCUUCAACGUCUGGGGCUAAUUUUGCUGGUACCUCACUAUCUAGUGGAGCUCAUUUUUCAUGCCUCACGUCUUUUCUACUUCAGUGAUGAAAACAAGCAGAAAGGAUUUACCCUUUGGGCUUUACUGUUUGUAAUGGCUCGUCUUUUGACCCUAACCUUAUCUGUGCUCACAUUUGGAUUUGGUUUGGCAAGAGUAGAGAAUCCAGGUUUUUCCAUAGCAGACGGAAACUUCAAUGUACUCACUGUGAGGAUUAGUUGCUUGGCUGCAAUUUGUCUAACACAGGCCUGGAUGAUGUGGAAAUUUAUAAAUUUCCAGCUAAAGAAAUGGAGAGAGCACAUCCAGAACCAGAUUCCUAAGAAAAAAAUAACUUGCACAAAGAGCAAAUCAACAAAAAAAGAACCAAAUAGAGCUAACUUUGUCAAUGGAGCAGUAAAAUUAGAAGAUGGAGCAUCACCCAGAACAAGAAAAUCAAAAGCAUUAUGAGAUGGAAGCUAAAAUCAGAAGACAACAUAUUGACAGAAGACUGUGAUUAAAAAAUAUAAUCUGUCACUGCAGAAUCAUAGGCUAUUUGUCUGUCUUGUUAUGAUUUAAAUGAACACUAUCAAGUUAAAAUAUAUUUUAAACAAUUUUUUUUAUUAACACAUAACUUACUAUGAAAACUGGUCACUUUUAAUCUAUUUACUUUACAAUUAGUAUUUACCUCUUUCAGUUUCACUCAAUUUGGACAAGAAAAUAGACAAAUCACUUGCACUUUCUGGCUCUUAGUAGCACAAUUCUGCAAUGCUUGAGUGACAGAGGUUUCAGGGGAAUAUUUCAAUCUAAACAAUCUGUUUAUUUGGAAUUUUAAAAAAAGUUGGAAACAUUUUCAUUAAUAUUAUGGUUUAGAAAACCAGUGGUUUUACAAAACCUAAAUUCUGGGCCAAAAAUAUCUGACUGUGUAUGUUUAACUUUAAACUUUUGCACAACAGACUUCUUUUUAUCACAUUCUGAUAUUGAAGUAAGAGAUAGUACAGUAUGUCUGAAAUACGUGUUAGCAUGGAAAAAAAAAAAGAGUAAAUGACAUCUAUUUCCCUUCAAAGAUUAUAUAAAACUUGAUUUAUAGAACAUGCUCAUCAAAUUCUGACUUAAUAUACCUAACUUCCUCUUAGGUGAUGGUGAUAUUUUAGUUAGACACACAGAUUAUUGGAUGCAGUCACCUUGCAGAAUUGCCAGUGUACAUAGGGAGUUUUGAAAUAGAUUGUAAUGUCUUGUUUGGAAACAAGUUGCCAAUUAAACUUCUUGGUGUCAUUGAAAUAAGUGGCAAAGAUGUCAUAGAUUUUAGUGAGACCAGCAUUUUACCCCAUGGCCAAAUCUUGUGAAAAUUUACCCCUGGUAAUUUUUCUUUAAUUUUGGCACUGACCUGUUUGAAAGUUACACAUGGCUUUUUCAUAAAGACUAUGAAAUUGAGUUCAGGAAAUCUAUUUUCUGUAGCUGCAAUUUUUUUUUAAAGGUGCUAAGAUUUUUAAUUACCUGCGUUAGGCAGCCACUUAUUUUGGUUUCAAAUUCAGAUUUAAGUUUUUAUAUCUCCAUGAAGCUAUUAAGAUGCUCAUUACUUAAAUACUAUUUUAGAUAUGAUUCAUAUUUAAAUUUGUAGACCAUUUCAGUAUGUCUUUUCAGAAGUAAUAAGGUGUGAUGCUGGUAUAAUUAAGUGGUCUAGUAAACACUGCAUUAUAGGCUUCUUAUCCCCAACCAGUGGCAUCAGUUUUGCAUGGCUUCUUGUACUACUUGCCAUCCUUUCAGCCAAUUGGAUCCUAUUUCUCCGGCACACAAAAUUCUGUUCAGAAAACAGUUAAUUUAUGCAGUAGAGCUGACUUUAUAAUAUAUGCCUUGGGUGCAUAAAACACUAGAGAGGUGCAUUAAAUUGCAUUGUCACAUGUUCUGAAGUGUCUGUGGUUACGAUUUAGGAAGAAGGUUUACGAUUUCUUACGUGUUCAUGCCACAAAAUAUAUUUACAACUUUCUUGAAAGAAGUUAUUUAAAAUUUAUCCAUAUGUAGGUUUUUCUUUAAUACUGUUUCUCCCUUCCAUCUCUCCCUCUCUUCCUCCCUCCCUGCACUGGCUACCCAGGUUCUAUCUUAUGUUUCUUGAAGCAGUGCAGUCUUUUUUAGUGAAGUGAAGCAGAAUCUAGUAGGACUGAGGGGCCACUUGUAAAAAGUUCAGCUGCAUUUAUCCAAUUUCUCCCUCUAGAAACUGGCUAUUGACCACCUAUUCAUUUCAGAUAGACCCAUGUAUUCACAUACAGUAGAAACAGUUUUUGGCGUGUUCAUCUAAGCUACACUUGAUUAAACAGUAUUUGGCACUUAUGUUCAAAGCACCUUACAAGCAUAAAUCCUCAUAACCCUCCAGAAAGGUAGGUAAGUAGCAGUGUUCUCAGUAUAUAAGAAACUGACAGAUUAAGUGACUUGUCCAAGGACACACUGAGGAUCACUGCCUCUGGGAGUAGAAAUCAGGAUUCCUAAUUCCUAGUCCAGCGAAUGAAUCAGACCUGACUCCUGGCCACACUUCUGUGAAAAGCAAGUGAGUGAGAGACUAAAGGUUUCAUAUCGUAUUACCAAUCCCUUGAGCCAUCUUAGGUGUUGCCAUGUUGAUCUAAGCACUUGUUUGACUAUGAUAAGGCUACUGAUAUUUUUGUAAGUUACCUACAUAGUCGUGACUGGUAUAUCUAAUGCUAUUUAAGUCUUAUGAACCCAUUUUCUAAUUUGCCCUAACUGUUCCCAUGUGCAAAUGGUAUGUAGGAGUAUCAUAUGUGAUUUCUCAUAAACCUGUACAUUUCUACUAAAAAUGUUUACCAUGGAACUAAAAUAUAUAUUUUUUUAACAAUUUUAAUAAACGUAUUUGUAUAAUCAUGAAUGCCUCAUUUGAUAAAAGUAUCAUCUUAUGAGCAGUUUUGGUGUGACCUGCUUAGUCUCUCUAUCAUACUGCUCACAAGACAAUGCUUUCACUGAUAAAUAACUGCACAUGUAAGUAUACCAUACAUUUAGGUUUUGGGCCACUUUCCAGCUGAAAUGGCCAAAGACUAGUUAUUAUAUAGGUAAAAAAUCUUUUACCCUGAGAAGGGAAUUCCUACACUAAGGACACUGUGAAUACAGGAUAAAAGUUAUAUUGCUUUUACAUUACUGAUGCAAACAUUUUCUUGAAUAAAAACAUUUUCCUUCUCCCCCCAUCCAUUGCAAAAGCAUUCAGACAAAGAUUAAAAAAAAAAAAAAAAGCCUAAUUUUAGGCUCCUAUAUCUAUACUUAUGCACCUAAAAACUGGCCAGAUUUUCAAAAGUGUGGAACAUCCAGCAGUUACAAUUAAGUAGCCAGAUUCCCAUUAUGGGCACUGCAGAGGAUUUAACACUCCUCAAAAUCUGGCCACUUAUUUAGGAGCCUAAGUGGUAACUUAAUUUUAGGGUCCUGUUUUUCUCAAAAACUUAGCCCCAAUCUUUUUCCCUUCAAUAUUAUGGAAAAGUACAUUUCUAGCACACUGCCUAUUAAUUCACUGAACAGAAUGUACUUGAAUGCUAUUCUUGUUGCAUGUCAUAUAUAAUGGACACUUUAAGGAAUUUACGCUUCUGAAGUCAAAUAAUUUAAGUGAAACAUUUAAAGUGUCCUUGGCAUAUAACUAUUGUGUGUAUGGAUACUGUGUUCAUACGCACAUAUAAUAUCUGUAAAAUAAAGAUAGGAAUCUCAGUCUUGUAGCAUGAGAGAAACUCCCACUAUUUCUUUUAAAGGUAAAAAUCAUUGUUUUUUGUCAUUCCAUUGCGUUUUUGGAUGCUCACUGUGGAAUAUCAAAAUGCGUGAAAUGAACUAGGCCUGUGCCUUAAUAUUAAGACAUUUCAGUAAACUUUAAACAACUUGCAGCAAAAAAAAAAAAAUUCUUUGCACUUAACGCAGUGUGUUUUUACAACUUUACAAUGUAAUUCUACAUAUAUUUUAGUGACUGUUGCACUGUUUGGAAUGUCAAAUGAUGGAAGAUGGAAAGUUGGGGAUGGGAGGGAUAUGGCUUAUUCACAUCUGAGCUGGUUGUUCUGAGGCAGGGACUUGUGUGAUGACUGGAGUUGGUAAUGACUAAAAAUAGUAACUUGAUCUUAUUGUUCAAAAUUCCUUGUAGGUUAAUAUGUAGACUGAUUAUUUCUGUUUUUAGUUUGUGUUGCUGUUUGUUUUUUGGAGUGGUGGUUUGUUGUUUUUCCUACCUGAUUUGAACAUGUAGGUAAGGGAAGGGAAGAUUAUGGAUUAGGGGAGUAGAAGCUAGGAUACUAGUAAGACUAAUAAAUAACUGUACUAAUGUUCCCUUUUGAUUAUGAGUACAAAGCCCCCCACCCACCUAAUAAUAAUUUUAUUGUAUUUGAAAGAGUAAUUUUAACAAUCUUCAAAAAUAAGAACCCCAUCUCUGUACACUGCAGCCUGUCUUGAAUUCAUUUUACACUGCCAAACAAAAAUUCACACAUGGUUUUGUUCCACGGUGGGAAGAAACUUUGUGACACUUUCAGGACUCCUGUACUUGUAUUAAGCACAAUAUUUAGGAGGAAGCUAUAAGAGAGGGGUCAGCAAUUAAAAAUUCCCAAGUGCUUGAAAAUUGAUUUUGGAAAUAUUGUCCAACAACCUCUUCUUCUACCAUCUUUGAAACAACAACCAUUUUCUAACAAAAUACUAAACUAAUCCAUAUCUCUGAAGCUAUAACAAGACCCUAAUUCUGCAAAGCACAUACUUAACUCUCAUUGACUUCAAUGAGACUUAUGUGCAUGCAUAAGUGCUUUGCUACAUUGGGGCCUAACUCAAAUAUAUAUAUAAUUCAGGAUUACAGUUGGGAGUGCAUACUACCUCUUCAUCUUCAAAGCACAUUGGUGUCAAGAGUGGAAUUCUCAGUAUGCCUAAAUGCCUUAGGAGCACUUAGGACUUGUGCCCAGAGACCCAAAGGUAUUUAGGCCCCAAACUCCUUUUGUAAUCAAGGGGCAUUAGAGGCCUAAAUAUCUUUGAGGAUCUGGGCCUUCUAUUCCUAAAUUAUAUAGGCCCGAACUUUUAAAAGUAUUUAGCUGCCUAAUUCCCACUGAUUUCAGUGGGAGUUAAAUGUCUAAAUAUCUUUAAAAAUCUGGGUCUUAGGCACUUCUGAAAAUGUUACCCAAAGUGUUUAAGAUCAUACACUAACAACAUGUAUUUUAUUACAGAUAAUGAAUUUCCUUGUUUUUAUAGGUUUGUCAGACCUUCACAAAACUAGUUUGAUAUUUUUAAUUUUAAUAGUAUUAUAAACUUCUAAUACAUUAAAGGCCAAGUUCUACAUUUAUGCUUCCUUCAACCCCAUUGACUUAGCUGAGGUUGUAUGAGAUCUCAGUGCAAAAUCUGAGGCAAAAACUCUAGUCCUGUGACAACACCAUGAAUAGUCCUAUUCAUUUGCAUAAGUAUUUUACUUAAAUCAUAAAUAAUCUUUUUAGUCAUUUCAGUCAAUUUUCUGUUCUGUCCUGUCUAGUUAUAGACUUCAGUUGCACAUCAGGAGUGCUUCAGAAGUAAGGUUUAUUUGGGGAUGGGGACCAUGCAUAGUAAAGUCACCUGCUAAAAGCUCUUAUCAGUUUCAAAUAGAAAAAAAUUACUGGGUAAAUAACUUAUUACGAAACCAAAAUUGGAUCCUCUUAUUUUAACCCUCAGAACAUGAAAGGGUUAUGCUUUAUCUGCAGUGUAUUGCUUUAAGGUUACAAUGAUAUUUUCUAGUAAGUACAAAUAAGUUAAGCUACCAACUUGUAUUUUUUAAAUUUUGAACAGAUUUACUGAUGCUGUUCCUGUGACAGUACUUUAACCAGGGCCUGAUCCAACUACUAAAGUCAACAAAAAGACUCCCAACAGGAAUUGGAUCAGGACCUAAUGGUACAUAUUUUCUUUGAGUUUGCUUCUCUCCAGCUCCAAGAUGUAUAUGAGAAAAAUUUCUAAAUGCACAAUAUCGUCAAAUAACAAAGCAGUGGUACUUCACAUGCUAUACAUAAGUAUUUAAUUGGGUUUCCUAUUACAUGAUUUGGCAGAGGGGGCAAUGAACUAUGAUUUUUAUAAAUGUAUCAUCUACAUCUGAUUGUCUCCCAACAUUAUCUAUUGGAAUGGCUGCUAUAUCUAGUUAAGUUGGAGGUAUAUUGCUACUUGGAAUACACUCUGAUGCAUUCCUUAAUCUGCCUGAAUGUUGGCUUCUUCUCCCACCCCCAAAAUGUAAUAUAUGCUAGUACUGAGAAUUGUUGGCUAAAAAGGACCUCAAUACUGUAAAUGGUAAAGCUAUAGAUGUUAAACCUCUCUUUGUUACUAGUUUUAAGCCUCAGACGUUGAAACGAUGGAUUUAACUAUCAUGAACAAGAGAGUAAUGUUUACAAACUGUAAUAGUGUCUUAAAAUUUUUUUACAAUUAUCCAGUAAAAUUCUUAUGUAGAGCUGACUCUACACUUAAACCAGCAAUGUACUCCAUAUUAUAUUGCUCAUGAACCAUGAUUAAUGUGGAACUGUCUGAUUGCAACAAAUAUGGAAGCUUGGUUUUUUAAUUGAUGUUAAACUGUACUUUCCAUUUAAUUUAACUGAUUUGUCUGUUCUCUUCCAGUUAAUCUACUUGAGUGCUGAAAUGCAUUGCUUUUUCUAAUGCAUCAAGAAAAAUAAAUCUGUUAAAAACAUCACUUUAUCCACCACUCUAUAGGCUAAAAUUGUGCUAAAACACCAUCAGUUAUUUUACUUUUGCCCCCUGUAAAGUUUAUGUAAUUGGUUGUUUGGUUUGUUUUUAAGUUUGUAAAACAUAGCACAAAAGCUGUGUUUUCUGAUGUAUGUAAACUAGUGAUAUUCAUUUGCUUGGUAAAACGUCUAAUAACCUUGCUCCAUAGAAAGUGUUGCUGGUAUUCUGUAAAUGUUUGAUAUGUAUUUAUGAUACCUUUUUAAUCCUGUAAUUUAAUUUUUUUUGUUGCCAUUAAAUCCAUGUUUUAUUAUUACACUAAA